CAGCUGCCAAAAUCUCAACGCCAACAUUAAGGCAGCUAUGAUUCCGCUUAUAUCCUCCGUUCUUGAACCUUCACCCUCCAUCAAUUACGAUUUCGUGGCGGGAUCGUAUUUUAUCGCCUCUCUUCUGUGUCUGGCCCUGGCGGUAUCGUCGCUUGUCUUCGAGGUCUCAUCUGUAAAGGGAUGGUGGAUUGCCCUUGCACCGUUUCCACCAGCGCUUGUUUGGAGCUUGAUAGUAAGAGCAAGGUGGCAUUUGGCACUUGAAUCGAAGACCAAGGUGGAGUAGCUUGAUAGUCUGCCGAGUUACGGAUACAGGAUCAUACAACCUUUCCUGGAUAGCCUAUGAUUCGACGUAGUGGAUCGUGCACAAGCUUCAGAGGGGAGGGUGAUAUUAUGAAAGAUGACAUGUACAGGGGUACUCUAUCUAGAUCUGUGUGCCUUAAAGAAAAAAAGCAAUAGCGCAACUUGCUGCAUUGCCCGUAGAGGAGAAUGGCCCAGGGAACGAUCACACAUAUGGGCAAACGAAGGCUUGGCAUGCUUUACUGGUUCCUAG